AUGGAUCCACUUAAAAAUAAAGUAAAAAUCUUCCAAAAGAAGGAAUUAUUUAAUUUCACACUUGAGACACAGACAAAUUAUGAAUAUCUGGCCUCUAAUUUGGUGGCAGAAGCCUUUGAAGAUAACCGAGUCCCUAUUGCGAUCAGGUGAACUUGGAAGAGAGUAAAAGGGAAGAGAGUCUAUAAGAUGAAUGAUAUUACUGGAAAUACAUACCCUCUCUCUGCUGAUGAUGUGGGGUGUAUUAUAAGGGUUGAAGCCACCGCAAUGGAAGACCAUUAUGAAGGAACAGUCUAUGCAGAAUUUGGCCCAGUGACAGUUGAGCCCGCUACUAAAAAGUCAUUAGAGUACAUCCUAGCUUCUGGAUCUUCUCAAUUCCCGGUGUCAGUCUAUUAUCAUGGUGAUAGAAAUAAGCUCCCAGAGGAAAGAGAGGGCGAUGAAGGAAAACUCAUUGUCUAUGUUGAUAAGGUUGAACUAUACAUCAAAAAGAAAAAGACCACAAUAGUUAGCCCUAAGGUGGAAGUUAGCCAAGUCGAUUCUCAAAUGCUCCAUUUAUGAUAUUUUGAUAAAGACGAAAUGUUCCUUGGUGAAAAGGAAUUCUCAAAUUCACUAGAUAUUAGAGCAUUAACUAGAAAAUCAAGAGAUUUGAUUGUUCUUUCUAUCAGAUGCUUCUCAGCAUUAAAUCAGUAUAAAAACUCUAAGGUUAUAUCAAUGCUUAAUACAGAAGAAGGGAAGGAGAACUACAAUAAACUUGAAAUAGAGUCAAUAUCAGAUCUUCUAGUAGAGUUAGAUUCAGUGCGAAGAGAGCUCUCUGAUCAAAUUGAGAUAAACAAAGCAAUCAAGAACGAUAAACUAAAGCUUAAACAGGAGUAUCAAGACCUUGAAAAUGAGAUGAACCAGACUAUACUUAGCUAUCAGGAAGUUCUUGAAUCUCAGCAGAAUGAAAGCACCGGAGAUUCUUUCAGGAUUAAAAAACAACUACUAGAACAACAAGACCUAGUGGAAAAGCUUCAGAUGGAAAAUAAGGCUCAUGAAAAUGCUAUCACCAAGCUAAACAAGAAGAUUCAUAAAUAUAAAAACCAGAAUGGAAUUCCUUCUUCUCAAGUAAAGAAAAUAGAGGAGAAAAUGCAAAAAUACCAGACAGAUAUCACCGAUCUUGAAUCAAAAGUGUCAAAAUAUGAAAGUUCAUCCUUCAUGGACAAGAAGUCCAUCCAGCAGCUAGAAACUGAGAAACUCCAGCUGACCAAUUACCUCACGAAGAAAGAGAAGGAUGAGGGCAAGUUCAUGAAGGCUCUUAAGGAGAAAGAUAGUAUUAUCAAGAAAUUAGAGAAGGAAAUCACCAUCCUGACAGACAGAGUUAAGGAAGCUGCAGAAGUCAACACAGUGCAGGAACAGAAUGAAGCCUUGAUCACUCAGAAAAACGCAUUACUGAAGUUUAAAGAAACCAUAGGAAAAGAACUGGAGAAACUUAAGAACGAAAACCAGAAGAAAGAUCUCCUAUUGCAGGAGAAAGAUAGAGAAAUUGAUAAUAUCAAGGCUGAAGCAGAUCUUGGCAUUGAAAGACUUCGAAAAGCAAACCAAAGACUUAGUGAAGAAAAUUUAGAGAUGGAUAACCAGUAUAUAAUGCUACAGAAAGAGCAUAAAUCACUUAGAAAACAUAUGACCAGACUGAGCAAUUCUGCUAUAUCUGGUGACCGUAGCAGAGAAUAA